UCAUUUUGGUAAUUAUAUAGAAGAGGGGCUCUCCAAAUUUUCUAAAGUUUCAAGUGCUUACACCUUAAAUAACUCUAAUUAAAUUUUAUCCACGUAUCUGCUACACGGCGGAUUAAAUUUUCUAUAUGUGUUUUUGUCUUUAACACUAGAUACCUAUCCGGACCUUGUAACUAAAAUGGGCAAAAUUGAUAAAGUUUACAUAUUCUUUGAAUUUUUGUGAUUGACUUAAGAGUUAAUGCAUAGAAUGAUAAGAGAAUUGUCAUUGAGUGCAGUAUGGCACGGAAUUGAAAAAUAAUGAACUUAGAAGCUAAAUCAAGUAUAAUUUAUACCUUUGGUAUACACAUAACUUACUGUGGCUUACAAAACGCCUAAUAAAGCACAGGUAUCUUUAAUCCGCCGACAAACGCUAAAGAAUGAAACUUGAUUCAUAGCGAUUUGUCUAUUUUUGGAUUUUUGCUUGAUAUAAAUAGUGGAAACUCUGAUUCUUGACAAUUAUCAUCAUUUUGUAUCCCCCCGAAACGGGCGGGAUUUAUUAGUACAAUAUAAAAAUUUAAUUUUAAUUGUUUAAAGCAAUUAUAAUUAUAUUUUUAUAACUCUUGUUGAGAUUUCAGAAUGAGAAGUUACUUUAGUUUUUGAACGUCGGCGCUGUCAUAAUGUAUGUCACUAAUCCCUAUACUAGCUUUAUGUGUAAAGUCCUCCUAGGGGGUAAGUCGCCUUCGGUUGUUGUCCCCAUCCUUAGAAAAUGAGUCUAAUCUCACUCCGUUACUAUACAUUACAUUAAACACCGAAAAUUUCCGACGUUUCCCGAUGGCGACUUACUCUCUAGGCUUUUUGGGGAGAUUUUAAGAUACUGUUUUAGUAUUUCGAGAAUUCUAACCAAUAAAAUAUCAGUAAUUGUUAAGAGUGUAAACAAUUAUUAGAGUAGUUUAAAACCGGAUAAUACUAAUAAUAUUAAGCAAUAAAUAAAAAUGUGUAUAAUAUAAAUAAAUAUACAAAUAUGAUUUGGUUAAUGUAUUUGAUUAUUGUUAAUUUUUUUUAUUUUAAAUGUUUUGCAACAACACAAUCCCAAGGAUAUUGUGCUAUGUAUACUGGUAAAAUAUGUAAAAAAUAUUUAACUGGAAUAGGUAAAGUUUGGUUUAAUGACACUACUGAUAAUCCUGGUGGCUGGUUGAAUGAAAAAAUAACAACCGAUUUAUGGGAAGAAUUGAUCUCAACUUUAAAAGAACCAUGUCGUUCGGCUGCUGAGAAAAUGCUGUGUAUGUAUGCAUUCCCACUCUGUCAUAAUUCAGAACGUUUACCUCUUUGUUAUGAAGACUGUAUGGCAAUACGUCAUGAGUUUUGUUUCAAUGAUUGGGCUCUAAUUGAAGACAAUAAACAACGAGGAAUUUAUAUACGUUCUCGUGGGCAUUUUCGUUUACCAGAUUGUGAAAUUUUGCCAAAAUUAGACGAAACAUCAAUUGUCUGCUCUCAUAUACAUCUUACUGAUGUUAAUCAAGAUUUGGUUACCUACGAUUGUGUGAUAGAAAAUGGACGUUAUUAUAUGGGUAAAAUGAAUAAAACUAAAAAUGGUCUUGAUUGUCAGUCAUGGAAUGUACAAGAGCCUCAUAGUCACAAUAAGCCACCAAAUGUAUUUCCUCAAAUUCGUCAUGGUGAAAAUUAUUGUCGUAAUGCUGGUGGUGAUGAACGUAUGCCAUGGUGUUUUACUAUGGAUCCAUCAGUUCGUUGGCAACACUGUGAUAUACCUAUUUGUGGUAAUAUAUUUUUUUUUUUUUUUAAUUUAUCUAUUUACUUAAUUAUUCAUAUUUUUUUUUUUUUUAAAGACAAUUCAACAGAUUUUGUAUGGGAAACAGAACGUAAAAACAUAACUAUGGAAACAGUAUUUACUCCGACAUUUACAAUGGUACUAUCAGCUUUAGGAUUUAUUGUAAUAGUUGGUUCAUUAUUGGCAAUAUUUUUAAGUCAAAAAUUAAAAAAACAUCCCAUUGGUUACAAUCCACCAGAAAUGAGGGAUGUCAACAUUGAUUUAGAUAAAUUACCAAGUAACGAUGCUUAUCAUAAAACCGGUGCUCAACUUAAUCCAAAACUGGAAAAGCUUGAAUUCCCACGGAACAAUAUCAUUUAUGUUCGGGAUCUAGGACAGGGAGCAUUUGGCCGAGUAUUCCAAGCUAAAGCACCUGGGUUGAUUCCCAAUGAAGAAUUUACCAAUGUUGCGGUUAAAAUGUUAAAAGAAGAAGCUUCUGAUGAUCUUUUAGUAGAUUUUGAACGUGAAGCUUGUUUAUUAGCAGAAUUUGAUCAUCCAAAUAUCGUUAAAUUGUUGGGUGUUUGUGCUUUAGGACGACCAAUGUGUUUGCUUUUCGAAUAUAUGGGACGUGGCGAUUUAAAUGAAUUUUUACGUUCAUGUUCACCAGAUUCGUCUGCUGCAAUAAUUAAUUCAAAUAUUAAUUUAAAUAAUCAAAAUAAUAUUUCAACAAAUUUGAAACUUUCUCAUAUGGAUUUAAUAAAUAUUGCACGACAAGUAGCUAAAGGAAUGGUUUAUUUAUCAGACCGUAAAUUUGUUCAUCGUGAUCUUGCAACUCGUAAUUGUUUAAUAAAUAAUGAAAUGAUUGUAAAGAUUGCAGACUUUGGUUUAUCACAAAAAAUUUAUCUACAAGAUUAUUACAAAGGUGAUGAUUCAGAUGCUAUACCUGUUAGAUGGAUGCCUCUGGAAAGUAUUUUGUAUAAUAAAUAUACUAUUGAAUCAGAUGUAUGGGCUUUUGCAGUAUGUCUAUGGGAAAUAUUUAGUUUUGCACUGCAACCAUACUAUGGAAUGACACACGAGGAAGUUGUUAAAUAUAUUAAAGAAGGAAAUGUUUUGGGGUGUCCUGACAAUACACCACAUGAUGUUUAUGAAUUGAUGAAAGCCUGUUGGAAUAGAAAACCCACUGAUAGACCGGCUUUCAGAAAAAUUCAUGAAAAAUUGGAAUUAAUUAAAGCAAGAUUGGAGAAAGACAAUAAAGAGGAGAGUAUUGCGUUACAUAUUAGGGUUUGAUUUUUAUAAUUUUUAAAAUUUAUUUAACACUUUAUUAUAAAAUAAAUUCUUUUAUUUUUAAUGUCUGUUGUAUAUAAUUGUUUAUAAGCUAAGAGACUGAUUUUAUUUACUGCCUGUGUGCCAAUAAAUAAUUACUAUUAUUGACUGUACUUUAAAUGACACUAUUGAUAUUAUUAAUUAUGACUACUUUUAUAUUUAUCAUUUUAACAUCACAAAUAAUACAUUUUAUAUACACAACAUGUACUCGAUGUAAAAUAUAAUGAUCGAAUGAAUGGUUGUCUUUUAUACGAUAAUAAUAGUAAUAAUAAUUGUAACAAAUUCGUGUUUUGAUAAAAAAAA